AUGCCGUCUUUUCUAAAGCUGAUACCACUAAUAUGUAAGUUUCCCAAAUGCAACAUCUUUGAGUGCAUGGCACUGCAUUUUAUCGUGCUGAAGGUGAACGGAUAUGCCUGCUUCUCCAUAUCCGGAAAUCUCGAGUCCGGCAGUGUCAAAACGACUCACCUGGAUAAGCUGCUGUUCCUGUUCUACUUCCUAGUCGCAACCCUUUUGUGGAUUGCCAGCGUUUGGCUUGUGAAACCGACCACCAGCGUAUCACCGUUGCUGUACAUCGGAGACAAAAUGAUUUGGUUUACGUGCUACUUUGCGGCCCACUUCGGAAUCGUGUGGAACUACAUCAAUAAAAAUAAAGUCUGGCUAUUCUACAAGAGCAUAUUCAAGGUGGACCAACAGCUGCUUUCCUAUGGAGCCAAAAUGAACUACACCGGAGCUUAUCUGGCGAUGAUUGGCUACUCACUGUCCGGGCUAGCAUUCGUGCUGCUUCUCAUAGUUUGGCACGUGCAGGAAGUGGGGUUCACUUUGCUUGCAUUCGUCACUUUCAGCUACUCCCACCUCAGCUUCACGUUGCUAACGACAGUCUUCUUCACCUCCGGCUGGAUAAUUACUUCGCGACUCCAGGCGCUAAAUAGAUUGAUAGAUGACAACAUGCUAAAACGCAGUGGUACGGGGAUUGUACAAGUUAAGGAAGUAAACUCAGCACAGACGGUAAGGCAGUAUAUGCAAAUAUACGAUCAGUUGUGCGACCUUACAGAAACAGUGAACUAUUGCCACGGUGGACAGGUAAUGGUCGCGGUAGCGGGAGCCUUUGUUUACUUGUUAUUCUUCGCCUUCGGAAUUGUGCUAUUUAUCAAUCGAGAUGACCCCAUACUAGAUUUUUCAUCCGCAUCCCUUCUGUGGUUUAUGUUUUACAUGAGCAACAUUCUUCUCAUUGUUACAAUCGGAAGUUUAGUCACCCAGCAGGGAAAGCACACAUCAAAUUUGAUAGACCAGGCCAUCAAUUCAGCAAAUAAUGCAGAAAUAAUCGAGAUGCUGCGCUUGUUUUUAAUGCAACUGGGCCAUAGAUCACCGACAUUAACGUGUGGAUUGUUUCCGUUCGAUUGGACAUUGGUUUACUCGAUAAUGGCCACCACGACAACGUAUCUGAUAAUACUGAUUCAGUUCGAAAACGCGCGUCCAAUCUGA